AAGCAUCAUGGUGGUCUGGUGGGGGGAGCUGGGCAGGGAGACGUGGAGGCGAGGAAGGGGGAGAUCCGUCUGGAGAUGAGCAGCUACAAGUGCUGCAUUUGCUUCACGCGAAAGUUCGCCAGCAGCGCGGUGGCGCCGCCGUCGGACGUGAGGGAUGCGUUCGCGGCCUACGCCGGCGAGGCGGCCUACAUGGGGCCGGAUCAACUCCGGCGCUUCCUCGCCGAAGAGCAGGGCGAGGCGGACGCUACCCUCGCCGACGCAGAUCGGAUCAUCGAACGCCUCCGAGGCCGCCAUCACCACCUCUCGGCCGCGCUCGCUCGCCCCGGCAUCACCCUUGAAGACUUCUUCCACUUCCUCUUCGCCGAUGACCUAAACCCUCCUCUUGUGCCCCAGGUUCACCAUGACAUGAAACUUCCAUUGUCACAUUACUACAUAUACACGGGUCAUAAUUCUUACUUGACGGGAAACCAACUUAGCAGUAACUGCAGCGAUGCUCCAAUCAUAAAAGCAUUGAAGAGAGGUGUCAGAGUAAUUGAAUUAGACAUGUGGCCUAAUUCUGCAAAAGAUAAUGUUAAUAUCCUUCAUGGAAGGACUCUAACGUCUCCAGUGGAGAUGAUCAAAUGUUUGAAAUCUAUUAAAGAACAUGCCUUUUUUGCAUCACCAUAUCCAGUGGUCAUUACUCUAGAGGACCACCUUACCUCAGAGCUUCAAUCUAAAGUCGCUAAGAUGAUCACCGAAACAUUUGGAGACAUGCUAUAUUACCCAGAGACGGAUUGUACUGUGGAGUUCCCCUCCCCAGAAGCUCUGAAGCACAGGGUCAUUAUUUCUACUAAACCACCUAAAGAGUUCCUUGAAUCAGGGAAGGAUAAAGACAUGGAAAACAAUCCUCAAAAGGGUAAAGCUGAGCCUGAAAAGGCUGGCAAGAUUUCAAGAGGAGACUCAUGGGGAGACAGUAUUACUGAACUAAAAGCUCUUCGUGCAUCUAAUGAUGAGCAGCAAGGCACAAUCAACAUAUAUCACUUCAAACCUGAACUAAAUGCCAGUAGCCACAGUGAGAGAGAAUCAGAUGACAGUGAUGAUGUAGAUGAUGAUGACGAUGAUGAUCAGAAUCAACUUCAGCGGCAGUCAGAACCUGACUAUCGAGGCAUCAUAACCAUCCAUGCUGGAAAACCUAAAGGGCGGCUGAGAGAUGCACUUAAUGCUGAUUCUUUACAUGUAAGGAGACUUAGUUUGAGCGAGCCAAGGUUUGAAAAGGCAACAGAGUCUCAUGGGCCUGAACUUUUAAGGUUUACUCGGAAGAAUAUUCUUAGAAUAUACCCAAGGGGCACACGUUUUGAUUCUUCUAACUACAACCCUUUGCUUGGAUGGAUUCAUGGUGCACAGAUGGUUGCAUUUAAUAUGCAGGGGUAUGGCCGAUCGCUUUGGUUGAUGCAAGGAUUGUUUAGAGCAAAUGGAAGUUGUGGCUAUGUAAGGAAACCUGACUUCUUGAUGAAAAAUGAUCCAACUGGUGACGUUUUUGAUCCUAAAGCAAGUUUACCUGUGAAGACAACCCUGAAGGUUAAGGUAUACUUGGGAGAUGGAUGGCGCAUGGAUUUUAGUCCAACGCAUUUUGACUCUUACUCGCCUCCCGAUUUCUACACAAAGGUGGGAAUUGCUGGAGUGCCGGCUGAUACCAAAAUGAAGAAGACGAAGACAAAGCAUGAUAACUGGGCACCAGUUUGGGAAGAGGAAUUCAGUUUCCCCUUGACUGUUCCAGAAUUGGCUUUGCUCAGGAUUGAAGUCCAUGAGUAUGAUUUGUCCGAAAAGAGUGAUUUCGCGGGACAAACAUGCCUUCCGGUUUGGGAGCUAAAACAAGGAAUCCGCUGCGUGCCGCUUUACGACCGCAAGGGCGACAAAUACAAGUCUGUCAGGCUGCUAAUACGCUUUCAGUUUGUGUGACGAGCAUCUUCUCCAGGGACAAGUCUUUGGUUUCCAACUUCAGGUUUGCAUCCUCUGGUAUGUUGCGAGUGUUGGAAAAUUGAUUUCCCUAACUAAUAAAUUGAAUAGGGAUAAGAUGAUUAUUUCAUGAGUAGAUCAUUGUAAAUUAAUAUCUAAGAUUAGUCGAGUAAUAAAAACAGCGAACAAAAAUGUUACUUGCAGAUGAGUUAGAUUUGAAUAUCAAUUCGCGAGGAAUUAUGAAUUAA